AUGUCGACCGCUCUCCGCGCCGCCGUCGCGCUGAACGUCGUCGCGCGCUGCGCCGGCUUCGCGCGGCCGGCGCGUCGCGCGCUCGCGCGGCGCGCUGCGAUUCGCAGCGCGGCGCCGGAGCUCAUCGUCCUGGACCUCGACGACUGCGUCUGGCAUCCCGAGAUGUACACGCUCAACGACAUGCCGUCGACGCCGAUCCGCGGCGACCUCGACGCGCGCGGCGAGGGCGUCGUCGGCGUCAAGAGCGGCCUCGAGACGAUCCGCCUCUUCCCCGGCGCGCUCCGGGCGCUCCAGGAGUGCCACGACGGCGCGCACGACCCGAGCCGCCUCGCCGUCGCGUCGUCCGCGGACACGCCGCUCGCCGCGUCCAUCGCCCACGCGGCGCUGUCGAUCCUGGAGGUCGUGCCGGGCGUCACCGUGCGCGACGUCCUGUGCCGGGGCUGGCCCGCGGGCUUCGAGGACCACAUCAAGAUCGGCCGCGCGCCGCCGCUGUCGAGCGACAAGUCGAAGACGCACUUCCCGCUGCUCCGGGAGGCGACGGGCGUCGACUACGACGGCAUGCUCUUCUUCGACGACAGCAACUGGUCCGACCACUGCCGCAUCGUCGCCCAGAACUGCCCGGGCGUCGUCACGCAGCGGACGCCGCGCGGCAUGCAGCACUCCGAGUUCGUCGCGGGGCUGAAGAACGGCGGCGCGUCGGACGAGGCCGCCCUCGCGCGGCAGCGGGCCUGGUGGAGUUCCGUGCGCCAGUUCGCCGAGGAGAAGGGGCUCGUCGACGGCCUGCCGGAGGAGGCCAGGGACCUCGACGACCUCGUCGCGUCCGUGCUCGGCGGGCGAACGAGGCCCCAGGGCGGCGGCCGGCGGCCGUCGACCGCGGUCGAGCUCGAGACCGUCGCGUCGCUUUUAGAGGCCAUGGCCGAGUACGGCGCGUCGCUGCGCGUGCGCGAGGCGGCCUUGGAAGCCGUCGCGCGGGAGAAGGGCGAGCGCCACGGCGAGGUCGCGCGCGCGAGCUUGCGGGUCGGCGCGCUGCACCUGCGCGCCGGAGACCACGCGGCGCGGCGCGACGCGCUGGAGCGGGCGCUGGGCGUCAGCGAGGACGCCCACGGCGCCGAGAGUUUAGAAGUCGCCUCCGUGCUGACGCACCUCGCGUCGACCUACGGCGCGCUCGGCGACGCGGAGAAGCGGCGGCGAUUGCUGGAGCGCGCGCUCGACGUCUACGAGGCUCAAAAGGGCGAGAACGCGCGCGAGGUCGCGCCCAUCUUGGUGAACCUCGUCGACGCCAUCGACGACUGCCCCGAGUCCGACGACGAGCCCGACGACGAGCGGCGCAUGCUCGAACGGGCGCUGGCCAUCGAGGAGCGGGAAUACGGCGCGGAGCACGCGGAAGUCGCGUCGACGCUCGUCAGCUUGGGCGCGCACUACGCGUCGCGCGACGAGGCGCACAAGGCGCGGGGGCUCCUGGAGCGGGCGCUGGCCAUCGAGGAGCGGGUGUUGGGCAAGACGCACGGCGAUGUCGCGCCGACCCUGGGCAACCUCGGCCAGUGCUACGUCGACCUGGGGCUGCCGACGCGCGCGUCGGAGCUCUUGGAGCGCGCGCUGGCGCUGGAGGAGCGGGACCGGGGCCGCUCCGACCCGGAGGUCGCGCGGACUCUGGUCGCGCUCGGCGACUGCUACGGCGACCUCGGCGACCGGCGACGGCAGAAGGAGCUGCAGGAACGAGCGCUCGCGAUCUUCGAAAAGAAGUCCGGCGACCCGAAGACGUCGCUGGACGUGGCGGCGUGCCUCGUGAGUUUAGGGGACUGCGUCGGCUGUUUGGGAGAUGCGAAGCGCGGCAAGGACAUGAUCGAGCGCGCCCACGGCAUCGAGAAGCGCGUCUACCGCUCCAAGAACUCCGUCGAGGCCGCGGCGACACUCGCCGCGCUGGGGGUGGCCUACCAGCGGCUCGGCGACUACCCGACGGCGCGCGAUCUGUUGGAACGAGCGCUCAAGCUCGAGGAGCGCGAGCACGGGCCGCACCACCGCGAGGUCGCCGUGACUUUGACGAACCUCGGCAACUGCUACGGCGACCUCGGAGAGGCCGCGAAGAGCCGGGACCUGCUCGAGCGCGCGCUCGCCAUCGACUACCGCGAGUACGGGCGGGACCACCGGGCGGUGGCACCGACGCUCAACAACCUGGGCAUCGCCUACGGCCGCCUCGGCGACGUCGACAAGCGGCGGAGGCUCAUCGACCGCGCGAACGCGAUCAAGGGCGCGGGCGACGCUUCCUUCUCGGAGCGCGAGGACGCCGCGGGGCCCCUCGCGCCGCUCACGGGGGAUGCGCCGCCGCCGCCCGCGUCGGGGUCCCCGGCCUGGGACCUCGCGAAGUCGCUGCGGAGCCCGGACGCGCGCGUCGUCCGCGAGGGCGCGCGGCCGCAGCUGCCGCCCCUCGCGAGCGGCGCGCCGCUGGCGCCCCUGACGGGCAUGGCGCCGCCGCCGCCCGUCGACGGGUCGCCCGGGGCGCGGCUGCCCCUCGUCUCCCCGGGCCGCGGCAUCGGCACGCAGCUGCUCUCGGCGUCCGGCGGGGAUCGGCGUGGCGAGCGGCACCUGCGGGACCGCGAGGACGAGCAGCACCGCCUGAAGACGCUGCAAAAAAGGCGCGACGACCUCGAGGAGGCCUUGAAGCACGAGCAGCGGCGCCACGGCCUGCACCACCGAAGCGUCGCGUCCGUGCUCGUCGAUUUGGGGGUGUGUGUGGGCGAUCUGGGCGACGCGCCGGGCGCGCGCGACCACCUGGAACGCGCUUUGAACAUCUACGAGGCGCUGCUCAAGGGCGGCGCGGCGGACUGCACGCUGUCCGUCGCGGAGACGUUGACGGACCUGGGCCACGCCUACGGGAAGCUCGGCGAGCCGCUGAAGCGGCGCGACUUCUUCGAGCGAGCGAGGACGCUCUUCGAGAAGCACUACGGCCGGCACCACCCGGACGUCGCCAUCGCCCUGGUGAACCUGGGCACGGCCUACGGCCACCUCGGCGACCACCGGCGCCACCGCGAGCAGCGCGCGCUCGCCAUCCUCGAGCGCGAGUACGGCCGCGACGACGCGCGCGCGCGCAACUGCCGGGCCCAGCUCCGGUCCGCGGCCCACAAGCUCGAGCGCGAGCGCGGCGUCGGCUCGUCGCUCGUGUCGCGGCUCUGCGCCUGCGUCGCCAAGCCCCGGGCCCGCGUCGUCCCGUCAGCUCAAGCUCUUGCGUGGCUCGUCGCCUGGUCGCUCACGCACUGCGCCGCGCCCUUCAGCGCCGUCGCGCCGCGCGCCGCGGAACUGCGCUUCGACCACGUGCAGAUCUUCGCCGACGAAGUCGCGCCCGUCGCCGACUACAAACGUUUGGAAGCCGAGGCCGCGGCCCUCGGCGCGCGCCUCGACGCCGGCGAGGCGCUGCCGGCGGGCGACGCCUUCGACGGCCUCAACCGCGACGUCGUGCGGCAGCUCGUUUGCGCGCUCCAGUGGCGCGUCGCCGCGUCCUGCGAGGCGCGCGACACCGCGUCCGUGCUCGUCUCCUCCGCGGCGGACGGCGCGGGCGCGAACUUCGUCGUCACGGCGCCGGCGGCGCACGACGCGGACCGCGCCGCGCCGGCCUGGGCGGGCCUCGACCGCUGGCGCGCCGCCGUCGACGCGAAGCGGGGCCGCGGGUCCUUUGGGGUGCUGGCGUUCGAGGCCCUCGGCGCGACGUCGUGCGCGGCCGUGCUCGACGCGUACCGCCGGUCGCACCGGGAUUUGCUGGUCGACGACGCCGUCGUCGACCUCGGCGAGGGCGUCCGCGUCGUCGAGGCCUACGCCUAUCGCGACGCCGACGGCGGGCCCGACCGGGGGACCGUGCUGCGCUUCGUCGAACGGGACGACGGCGCGCCGCUCCUGCCGGGCCUCACACCCACAACGGCGGACUUCUCCCGGACGCCCCGGGCGCGCAGCGACCACUGGGUGAGCAACGUCGACGACCGCGGCGGCUUCCUCGACACGCUGCGGGACGCGCUGGGCUACGAAUCGAAGGUCGAGUUCGCGUCGGGCGUCGUCGCCGCGGGCGAGGCCGUCAUCGAGUCGACGGUCGCCGGCGGCGGCGAGGCGCGCGACGGCUCCGUGGUGUUCCUGCCCGUGAACAACGCGCUGUCGCCCGCGGGGCACGUCGCGCAGUACCUCGAGCAGAUGGGCCAGGGCGUGCAGCACGUCGCGAGCCGCGUCGACGACCUCGUGGCGCUCGUGGACCGCGCCAACGAGCUCCGCGACGCGACGGGCGAGGGGUUGGCGUUCCUCAACGUGCCCCGGAGCUACUACGGGGAUCUCCCCGACGCGGCGACGCUCGCGCGCCGGUCCGGCGCGUCUUUAGAGGCGGCGGAGGCCGCGCUCGACGCGCUCCGGGCCGCGGGCGCCGUCGACGCGGCGGGGCUCGUGGACCUGGAGUUGGACGCGGCGCGGGCUGAGAUGUUGGUGGGCGACGGGGCCGUCGCGGCGGCCGUCGCCGAGAGCCGCUACGCCAACUUGAAAGACAUGCUCGGCGACGAGUUCGACGAAGCGGGCUACGUCGCCAUCGUGCGCGCGAACGUGCUCGUCGACGCCCAGGGCGACGACGUGUUGCUCCAGAUCUUCACGCAGCCCGUGCUUCGGCGGGCGCCGGGCGAGGAGGCGCCCUUCCUCGAGUUCAUCCAAAGGGUCUGCGCGAAGCGGGACGCGCCGCGCGCGGGCUGCGGCGGCUUCGGCAUCCGCAACUUCCUCGUGCUCUUCCUGUCCAUCGAGCUCAACGCCGCGGCGGACGCGCUCGCGCGCGCGGACACGCCGGCGGCGGCGGCGAACGCGGCCGCGCGGCUCGGCUGCCUCCGGCGCCAGCUCGCGGCGUCGAACCCGAUCCUCGCGGCCAUCUCCGACGCCGCGGCGGCCGAGGCCGACGGCCUCGCCGCCGGCGACGAAACGGCCGUCGACGCCGCGCGGCGGCGCAAGGACGGCGGCCAGCGCGAGCUCCAGGCCGUCUCCGCGGCCUUCGCGGACGAGAUGCGCGCGAUCCGCGAGGAGGGCGCGUAAGUGUCUCGCGUGCUCGUCGCCGGGGGCGAAGGCCGCCUUCAUGGUCAGGCUGUGGGAGGGAAAUAAAAGAUAUAAAUUC